CUUGACAGUGAAAAUUGUGGUGGAGGCUGUGAAGGAGCCCUGCCUGACCACCGCCCUGGCCGAGGUAUAAAACCCCUGUGCGUUGCUCGGCUCUGCACUUCGAAUCUAGCUCACGCAGCCAGUCCGACCUCAUCUCUAGCAUCAUGAAGGCUUUCGCUGUCCUCCUCAUGGCUGUUGCCUGCGCCAACGCCGCCUUCCUCCCCUACAACGCUGCCGUCGUUAAGUCGGACCAGGUUGGAGGCAACUUCGCCUACUCCGUUGCUGAGAACCAGGCCGCCGUGGUCGCCAGCCCCUACUUCGCUGCCGCCACCCCUUACUACGCUGCCGCCGCUGCCACCCCUUACUACGCCGGUGCCUACCAGCCCUUCGUCUACAACUACGCUGUCAAGCCCGCUGAGGCCGUCAAGGCUGCUGAGCCCGUCGAAGUCAAGGUUGAGGCCAAGUCCGCUGAGGUUAAGCCCGUCAGCUACAUCGCCGGUGCCUACCCCUAUGCCGCCUACCAGGCUUACCCCUACGCCGCCUACCCUGCUGCUUACAACUACGCUUACGGCGCUGCCUACCCCUACUCCGCCUACCCUUAUGCCGCCGCCACUUACGUCAAGGCCUAAGAGGUUGCUCUUGGAAAUGACUCCAGCUGACUGAUUUCACGUUUUUUGUUAUUACUUUUGCGCCGUUAAAGUUUUUGCAAUGUGUUCAUUUGAUCAAAAUUUCUUGUUGGAUGAUAAGCGGACAGAUUCCCCCAUUUUUCAAUAAAGUACAACACCUUCAUACAA